AGUUAGAAAAUCUAUGCUAAAAAACACUAAUGAGUUUCGUAAACGCUUUUGGCAGAAAAGACGUAUGUUUUAAGUUUAUCAAGAACAGGAAAAAUACACCCAUCAUCAACAAAAUGCAAAAUUGCAAAAAUUUCUGUGCACUGUAAAUUAAAUGAAGAUAGAAAAUAUAAAAAAAGAACAUUGAAUUUUAUUUUAUUUUUCUGCAACAAUUUGAGACGGUCGUCCUUGAAAAAUGGCUCAAGUAAAUGAAAUAGAACCAACGUGGAACAUCCUCGGCGACAGUUUCCCCAAACAAUACGAAGUACCUGAGGAAGUUGAAAAGAAACCUAAAGCGGAAAAUAUAAGCAAAAUCAAGCUAAAGCUGCAGGACAUACAGGAUGCUCAUAAUAGGAUCAAGAGCGACGUCGUAUUUACACCAGUAAUCGAAGCUAAAUAUGUAGGAAAAAACUUUUGUAAUGUUUUCUUGAAAUGCGAGAAUUUACAGAACACAGGAAGUUUCAAAGCACGUGGAGCUUGUAAUAUACUGUCCAGCAUGUCGCCCUCAGACAAAAGCAAAGGUUGCACCGUAUCGGGUGGUAGAAACUACCUUAGCGCGAUGACAUACUACGGAUUCAAGCAGUCAGUGCCUAUCAACGUGAUAGUACCGAAGGAUUGUCCUCUGGUCGACAAACACACGUACAAGGAGAACUUCGCGAUUGUGAAAGUUCACGGCAAUGAUCUGAACGACGCCAGCCUGCAUGCACUCACUUACUGUGACGAAAUUGGUUCCAAUUAUGUUCACGGGUCUGACCGCUUGGACCUGAUAGCGGGCUACGGCACUCUAGGGUUGGAAUUACUUACUCAGAUGGACAAGAUGGAUGCUAUAUUAUGUCCGGUCGGCAGUGGCGGCCUUGUGGCCAGCCUCGUACUGGCUGUCAAGAGUCUAAAGCCUAAUUGUUUAAUUUACGGCGUUGAAUGUUCGGCGGCUCCUACAAUGACUAAAGCGCUCCAAGAAAAGAAGCCAGUUAUGAUACAACUAAACCCGACCAUCGCUGACAGUCUCAGUACCAUCAUAGCCAGUAAUAACGCUUUCAACAUUGUAAGAGGAUACUUGGACAGAAUGAUAACAGUCGAUGAAGUGUGGAUAUCGCGAGCCAUGAUCAACAUUCUGGAACGAGAAAAGAUGGUGGUGGAAGGUGCCGCUGCCUGUCCUGUCGCUGCGGUGAUGGCUGGGAAGGUUCCGGAGCUACGCGGUAAAAACAUCGUGUGCGUAUUAUCUGGCGGCAACAUCAACAGCAGUCGCAUGUCACGGGUGAUCGACCGCGGCAUGGCGGCGGAGGGCCGCCUCGUCAAGUUCAGCGUGGCGCUGCCCGACGUGCCGGGCGCCAUGGCCAAGCUGCUGGCGAAGGUCACGGACAACGGCGCCGACGUCAAGAGCUUCGUACCCGAACGGGCGUGGAUGAGAAGAGAUAUCUUUACAGUUUCUGAUGAAACGUUAAUUAAAGAUGACCGUCCGCAUGUGUUGUCAUUUAAUGAAAUCAAACAAGCUGCGGAGAGAAUAGAAGGUGGUAUCAUUCACACACCACUUUGCGAAGCAAAGAUCAGCAAAUACAUGGACUACAACAUUUAUUUGAAAUGUGAAAACUUGCAAUACAGUGGAAGUUGCGCGGAGCGAGGCAUCCGUAACGCAAUGUUGGCGUACGGAGUGGCGGGCAGUGAGCGCGGCAUUAUUGUGCCCUCUCAUGGGAACAUGGCGCUAGGCGCUGCCUACCAGGGCAGUACUCUAGGCGUCCCGGUGACGGUGGUGUUACCGGAGCGCACUCCGCCGGCGCACGCGCAGCGCUGCUCCGAGCUCGGCGCCGAUGUCGUGCUAUGCGGGGACUCCCUCGACGACGCGAUCACAUACGCCAAGAAAGUGCACAGAGACAGCCGGCAAAUAUACAUGGAGUCUGACGAUCCUUUGGUGAUGGCCGGCCUGGGCACGUUGGGGUUGGAGAUCAUCACGCAGCUGCCCGAAGCGGACGCGGUGAUAGUCCCAGUGGGCUCCGGCGGGUUGCUGGCGAGCGUUCUCAUCGCCUGCAAGAAACUUAAGUGCUCCUGUCUAGUUUAUGGGGCGGAGUGCUCGAAGGUGCCAAAAAUGAUGAAAGCGCUGCAGGCAGGGUACCCAGUACCGGUGAACGUUGUCCCGAACCUGAGCGAAGGACUUAACACCUCUAUUGUGGGGGUUAAUGCCUUUGCCACACUCAAGGGAAGACUAGAUAGGAUGUUGUUAGUCGACGAAGUGUACAUAGCGCGAGCCAUGAUAUCGAUGUUGGAGCGCGAGCGGCUGGUGGCGGACGGCGCCGGCGUGUGCGCCAUCGCGGCUGUCAUGCAAGGCCUCGCGCCAGAGCUCCGGGGAAAACGAGCGGUGUGCAUAGUAAGCGGCGGCAACAUCGACUCGGGCCGGCUGUCGCGCACGAUCCAGCGCGGGCUGGGCUCGAGCGGGCGGCUCAUGCGUUUCGCCGUGGCCGUGCCCGACCACCGAAGUGGGUUGGAGCACCUUGCCAAGGUCAUAUCAGACCAGAACGCCGUGCUCAAGAGCCUCGUCACCGAACAGAUGUGGGUGCACAGCGAUGUUACUACCACAUGGGCUAAUGUGGUGGUGGAAACAACAAAUGAGGAUCAUGCUACGAAUUUCAAAGAAAAGGUGCGAGAUGUGUAUCCAUCUGCUAGAUUUGCAGUCGCUGACCUCGACGAAAAGCACAAAAUUUCAGUCCGAUGAAGAUUAGUCUAUUUGUCUGAGCUGUCUUUACAUAAAGUCAAUUAUUAAAAAUCUUAAGUGUAUAAGUUGCAAAGUGAAACUAAAAUUGAUGAGUGAUGUGAAUUGUAAAUGUAAAACAAGGAGUUUAAAGUAAAAACUAUGAUUUUAUGGA